UCGUACUGACCGCCAGCUGAAUGAGCCUUCCGUUCUCAAUCUCAUAGUAGACGCGCUCAGUAGCGUCCAUUCGUUUCUGCCCAGUCAAUCAUGCCUUCCAAGCCUAAGAAGAGAAAGGUGGUGCCUGAACCUCUUGCCAAUCCACCUUCAGAGUCCCAAGAUGUCUCACUUGGGUUCUUUCCUCUCGCACGAUACACCUCCGUUGUGGGUGUCCACACAUCCCUUCUCGCAUUCUCCGCACUCUUUCUUCCACGGAUGGACUUCCUCAAGCCGGACAUCGACAGAACUGUGUUCACUUCCCAGGACCGCCCACAGCAUCCAUUUCUCGACGCACUGACUGAAAGUCCGGUCUUCACUCUCGCGACGAUGUGUCUCGGCGCGGUAGUUGUGCAGAGCUGGUGGGCGGGCUGGAUCCGCAGCUGGAGUGUUGACUACGCGUUGCACGGCUCGGUAGUGGAGGUCAAGCUAGAAAGGGAGCGUUCCGAUAAACAGAAACUUUCUACCAUGAUAAAUGCUUGGCUGUUGACGGGGGCAGCUUCUUUCUUCUUCACUGUUGUCGCAAUAGUCUUUGGAGCGCCUUUAACCAAUCAUCUGUCGCAAACAUAUCUGCUGGGUCUUCUGCUCUCAAUCUUGGCAGUCUUCCCGUCGGCCUACGCACUUGGUGUUCCCGAUUCCACCUCGAAUGCACUAUGGUUCACUUGGAUCCGCCUGUUUGCCGAAUUCUCCCUCCGCUCUCCCAUAGAACGGGCACUUGUGUUCCCGGCUCUCGGAACUCUAAUCGGUAGCUGGGCGGGUGCCAUUCCUAUCGCAUUGGACUGGGAUCGUCCCUGGCAGUCAUGGCCGUUGACACCUGCUUUCGGCGCGAUCUGUGGAUAUAUCGCAUCAUCCGUAUUCGCCCUUGCAUCGAACGCGACCCUUUUCCUGGCCGACGAACACCGGCAAUCGCAAAGGAAGACACAAUAGAGUACGUCCGUCUAUCGGCGCGAAGAUCGCCGAUGGAGCUAGUCACGUAGUCUGGGACGGUAGGGGACGGGUUCGGACCAGAAAUCUCAGCUUCUGUCGUAAUACCUGCGGAACUUUAGAAUGCGAAGCAGGGCUGCCGCCGUGUAAUGUCCACAUACCACUGAGGACGAGCAGCGUUGCAAGCCCACCGCCCUGACCGAAAAGGAUGUCGGUGUUGAGGCGAUCUCCGACCAUGAUUGUGCGUUUAGGGUCGAAGUUGACCUUGGCCUUGAUGCAGUCCAGCAUCGUGCUCGCUGGUUUGCCGAUGCUUAUGGGAUCACGGCCAAGCGCGUACCGCAAAGGAGCGCUGAUCGCUCCAGCCCCUGGUAGCAACCCUGCACCGGCAGGAUAUGUGCUGUCCUCGUUUGUGACGAGGAAGGCACAGCCGGGGUUACGCGUCAAGUACUGGAACGCCUUCGAGAGUUUGGUGUAGUUGAUGUUCGUGUCCAGGCCACAGAGAACCGCGCCAACAUCGGGAUCAAGAGUAAAGUUGUCCAAAGAGAAAGUUUCGAGGGUACAGUCGGCGGGAUCCUCGAAGAAGAUGGGCAGACGCAAAGAUGGGUGACUGGACUGCGCACCAUGCCUCCUAUGAACGAGACACCCUCUCCUUGCAACUCUUCUUCCAUCCCCUUCAUCCCGAUGACAUAAACUUUCUUGUCCUUGGGAAGCUUCAUCACUGAUGAGAUGUAUACCGCAGCUGCAUACGCAGAACCGUAGAUUUCAUCCUGAAUUGGUUCAGCCUAGAACGGCAACGAACAGUUGGGAGGAAACAACGCACCACAUGAGCCUCCACACCCAAU